UAUGUACUAACGUACCUACUACAUACAUAAUAAUAUUAAAUAGUAUUUUUUCUCGCUACUCUUUGGUAUUUCUUUGUCAACCUACCUACUCAAAAGAAAUAGAUCUACAUUUUUAAACUAUGACGUCAGAGGCUGCGGUUGUAAUGCUGGUUCGUUAGAGAGUGAAUCAAAAUGAACAAAGGAAUAAAUGUGGAUCAUACAACAAAAUCGUUAGAAUCCCAGGAAUUUAAAAAACAAACACACUUUCACAAAAUACCCCUAAAGGCUCAAAAUGAUCCAUAAUAUCGCGGCUAUUGCCGUUUAUGGAUAUAUUUAAAUUCCAGUAUUUGAUACUUUAGAUGCGUUGCGUGGACUUCAUUGAAAAAUGUCAAUGUCAAACCGAAGAAAACAAACGCUUCGCGGUAGUAUAUGAGCUGUCAAAUCUUUUGAAAAAAUGGCAGCGGGGCCUAUUGCUGAAAGAAAUCAAGAUGCAACGAUUUACGUUGGCGGUCUCGAUGACAGGGUAACUGAGAGUUUGUUAUGGGAGCUCUUCGUGCAGUCGGGGCCAGUAGUAAAUGUUCACAUGCCCAAAGAUAGAGUGACUCAGACACAUCAGGGCUAUGGAUUUGUUGAAUUUAUGGGUGAAGAAGAUGCUGACUAUGCAAUAAAGGUCAUGAACAUGAUAAAACUAUAUGGAAAGCCUGUAAGAGUGAACAAAGCAUCAGCACAUCAGAAGAACUUGGAUGUGGGAGCAAAUGUGUUCAUUGGAAACUUAGAUCCUGAAGUAGAUGAAAAGUUAUUAUAUGACACAUUCUCUGCAUUUGGAGUUAUAUUACAGACACCUAAGGUAAUGAGAGAUCCUGAAACAGGAAAUUCAAAAGCUUUUGCUUUUAUUAACUUUGCAUCAUUUGAAGCCUCGGAUGCAGCAAUUGAAGCAAUGAAUAACCAGUAUCUAUGUAACAGGCCAAUAUCAGUUUCAUAUGCAUUUAAGAAGGAUGUGAAAGGGGAGAGGCACGGAUCAGCAGCAGAGAGAUUACUUGCUGCACAAAAUCCACUAUCGCAUGCGGACAGACCUCACCAGUUGUUUGCCGAUGCACCACCUACGUUGAUGGGGCCUGUGCUAAUGGCACCACCGCCGCCGCCCACACCAUCCCCGAUGCCACCACAAGGACCUCCAAUGAAUGCGCGACCACCACCACCAUUGCCUAUGUCAGCGCCGCCGCCACCGCCAUCUUCGAUGCCUCCUCCCGGUCCACCACCGCCUCCAGGCCCUCCACCACCACCUCCACCAUUCCAUCAUUUCCCGCCUCCGCCAUUCGGUCCGCCAGGGUUUGGACCACCACCCCCACCUGGUGCUCGUCCUCCACCACCAUGGAGACCACCGCCUCCAUCAUUCAGGCCGCAGUUCCCUCCUCGUGGGCCUCCGCCGUUUGGGCAUCCCCCGUUUCCGCCGCAUCCACCUGAACCAAACUAUAAUUAUUGAGUGCUGAUAGGGAAAGGACUGAAAUAAAUAGUGUAAUUUUGCA